AGGGCGGUCCGGCGUCGGCGGCGUCGCUGCUGCUGCUGCUGCUGCCUUUGCAGCUGCUGCAGUGGCUCGGGUCUGGUGCUGCCAUGGAGGGUCCCGGGAAGGAGAGGGGCCUCUUGGGGGCCGCCCCAUGGAGAGGCCUCGGGGAAGGAGGAAGUCCCCCGACGGAGCCCGGCCCUGGAGCAGCAGCAGCAGCAGCCCCGGUUUUCAGGGGCAGCUGAAGACUUCUGCAUUUGACUGAUCAGCACCUGCUGGACCUACCCCCCCCCCCCUCCCCCAAAACACCGGCCUGUCCCUUUCCCCGUCCCGCAGCCCUGAGCUCUGGGACUGGAGCUGUCUCCCGGGUGCAGCCAUGUCCAUCAUGGACCACAGCCCCACCACGGGGGUGGUGACGGUCAUCGUCAUCCUGAUCGCCAUUGCAGCGCUGGGGGCCCUGAUCCUGGGCUGCUGGUGCUACUUGCGCCUCCAGCGCCUGAGCCAGUCGGAGGACGAGGAGAGCAUUGUGGGCGAAGGGGAAACCAAGGAGCCCUUCCUUAUGGUCCAGUACUCGGCCCGGGGCCCUUGCAUGGAGAGGAAGACCCGGCUGACCCCCAACGGCACAGAGGCCCACAGCUAGCCAGUGGACACCUGAAAGGACUACUCCGCAGGGCACAGACCUCGGCUCGUGCAAAAACAGAGACUGGACCAACCUCCUGGACCUCGGUCUCUUUCUUUGGGCACAGAGUCCAUUGCCGGCAGUGGACAAUGGGCAUGGUUACUUGAAUACCCCACUGAGCCUCUUCGAAACGGAGCUACUGAUGUGAGCCUGCACAACUGUGAACUGUGUGCGUAUGUGUGUACUGUUUUGCCUGUGUGCGUUCUUGUUCUGCCUCGCACGGGAACAGACCAUGCUUUUGGUGGACGCCACGCUCUUGGAUUUUAGGAGACGCAUGACCCCGAGUGUGAAUCCUCCAGAGCCAAACUGGGGGUGGGAUGCUGGGGGGGGGGGUCGUCUCUUAGGCUUUAUUUUCUGCCAUUUGGGUGUUGAGAAUUGGGGGAGUGGGUUUUCCUAGAGGUAGAAAAACAAGAUAGGUUCCUGUUCCUUGGCCUGGCACUGCUUAAAAACUUACCUCUUGGAUGGCUGUUUUGUUUUGCUGAUGUGUUUCUGCAAAGGGCAGAAAAAGGCACAAGGAAAGAAACGUACUCCUAGGUGAGACUGUACUAGACAAUAGCGGCAUGAUAUUCUCUGCAACUCUCACAACUAUGGGGAAGUGGCUAUUUUGAACCAAGUCGGCAAGGAAUGGCCCAUGAUGGCAGUGCUUCGCUUUUGCCGCACGGCCAGACGGCUCUUUUUGGAGACCUGGUGACUUGUGGCCAUUUGGACCUGCUUUGGGUCGUCCGCAUGUUGCAAACUGAAAUGCCUUUUCCCCUCUGAGCCUAUUUCCCCCUCUCUACUUUUAAAAGCGGCAUUCGUGUAACUAGUCCCUAACUUAUCUUACCAGUGCACUGAUGCUUGACUUAGGUUCCCGGCUGUUGAGGCGCUUGUACACAAAGCCUUGGUUUUGCCGCGUGGUUUUUCUUCCGCCUCUGCUGUAUAGAUUUCCAAACCAGUAUGUUUUGUAGACAAAAAUGCAGGGUUUUGUUUUUCCUCCUCCUUUAAAUCGAUAGGGCUGCUGUACAUAACUAUAAACAGGGAGAAGAGUAGAGCAUGAGGUCACUUUAGCGUGUUUUUCCUCCAAAUUCAUUGUGGUUUUUCCAUCUUAAUGCAAAGGAAUCUUUUGUAAGGUUUUGUAGGGAAAGAGGGUCCAUUCUCCUCUCCCACAAUGAAAACAUUUGAAGACAUGGGUCUUCUCUGAAAAGUAGCUUACCCUGCAUUGCUCAAACCUUAUCUACAAGCGUGAAGCUCAGAAAAAGGAGUCCUUCUGGUCUUGGGGGCAAAGGCAGGGUCUGAAUAAAGCGGCCAAUUGGAAAGGGAAAGAGAAGGGACUGCAGUUUCAUCCCUGUCAAUCCCCCCAAUUACAUUCACCUGAUGCAUCGCUUCCCUUUCGUAAGGCACAAUGUUCGGGGAAACUGAAUCAGGCAUUUCCCAGAAAGUGCAAAAUGAAUGAAUGAAUGAAUGAAUGAAUGAAAAACUGAAAGGAAAGAAAGGCUGAUACAGUGAGAACCAGGGUAGGUGGGUGAAGGAGGAGAGAAGCUUCACACAGCCCUCCUCCAACCAAAUUGUUUUUAAUUUAGUCCAAAUCGAUACCAAAAAAGCUAUCAAAUUAGUGCAACAGUAAAGUGCAAAUGACCCCAGACUCUUCUUGAAGUCACAGGCCUCCAGUUCUGUCUCUUACCUGGUUUUCAUGGCUCAUUAGAAAA